CCCAAAGCGCAAAUCUCAUCCCAAAAUAAAAGAAAAUGGAAAAUGGAAGAAGAUCUCACUCCUCUAUGACUCUUGCCUCCAGGUUGGAUCAUUUGGAUUUCAUUAUGAAGUAUUUAGAAGGAAAACGAAGUUUGCAGAAAGGAAUGGAAAAAGAAUGCAUGCCAUUAGAUUUGGCAAUGAGGGAGGCUUACUUCAAAGGGUCGUUGUUGGACAGGGUGACAUCUCUUGAACAUAGACUUUUCCAGCUAUGCUUAGAGUUGGAAUCCAGUAGCACAUCUAGCACUUCAACAUCAACAUCUGGUUAUGCAUCUUCCAGCCUAGGAUCCAGAGGGCAACCAAUAUCUCGCUCAUUGCCUACUUUCAUCAACUCAAAUCAAGCUCACAAACAGCCACCUCAUCAAGUCCUGUUCACCAGGCCUGAAAUUCAGGAAGAAUCUGAGGCAAUGCUACAAAAGAAGAAAGAUCCAAACCCUCUUAAGCAGCAAGUUGGGAACAAAAGGUGGGGCAAGAAAGAAAAAGUAAGCAAAACUGGGAAGAAGGUGUAUUUCUCUUUCCCUCCCGCCAAUAAACAAAGAAAGAUGCCUAACAUCGAAUUGUCUUCAAGUGGGUUUUCAUUGAAGUCCAAGGCUUCUCUCAUGGAAAACUGGACCUUCCAUGCUUUACAAGUCAAAUAG